AUGAAGUGGGUUGUCAGAAUCCCUAUUCAACCCGCUUUUAUUGACCCUUGGGAUAAAUUGAUGAGCGAAGUAACGACUAUGCAGUACCUCGAGCACCAUACGCAGAUUCCAGUCCCCCAUGUUCGGGCUUAUGGUCGCGACGUUUUGUUGACCAAGAGCGGCAAGGGAUUGCAGAUGUUUCUCAUCACAGAUUUCGUUGAGGGUAAACCGCUCGAAAAAAGGCGUUUGCUGGUGGCCAAGGAAGAGCACCGAAGAAGCUUUUACUCCCAACUAAUCGAUAUCCUCAUGGAGCUACAUGCUCUUAGAUUUCCAUCGGUAGGCUCUCUAAUGCCGAAUCCUGAAGAUCCGUCGUGCCCUGUUCUGGGCCCCGUCAUGUCCAUGUCUGCUGCCACACUUCGGUUAUCCCCUCCGCUGCCGUUUUCUUCCGUCAGGGCAUACAUGAAAUACCAGUUUAGCCUUGUGUCCAAGUUCUUCAAGCUUCCAGUUCGCGAUCAUACCGUUGAAGAUAUUCGAGAAGAACUAUUUGCCCUUGACACCCUGGAGCGUAUUUUCGAUCAGCUUGCUGACCCUCAACACGACCAUGGCCCCUUCAUCUUGAACCAUCAGGACUUACGAAGUCCCAACAUCAUCGUGGAUGAUCUGAAUAUUCAGGGCAUAAUAGACUGGGAGUUUUCAUGUACUGUGCCACGCCAAAUCUUUACGCCACCAUCUUGGAUCACAGGUCACGACUCGGUAGAGACAAACAAACAAAUGCACGCUGAAUUUUGCAGUGUUUUGGAUAAGAAAAGUGUUAACAACGAACGUUGCAAUGAGUUAAAAGGGCAGUGGUAUGCCUGCGAGCCGAAUGCCGACUACACGAAGACCAAGUUCUGCGUCGCUCACAUACUACGUCGUCCUACCGAUGCCACAGACAUAUUUUACGAUUUUUUAUCCUCUAACAUUAUCUGCAAUGUGUCUGACAGUAACUUUGACGAUGUGAUUUCCAACUUCUUUCAUGAUCGUCCAAAACUUGCUUUGGAUGCGCAACGUCGGGCUCAACAGUAUGAGCGGUAUACUCAGUACUUGAAAAAUAAAGGAUUGUACGAAACCGAAUUAGAUAAAAUACUCGCCGAGUCAAAAACCAUAAAAGCAAAAUAUGGCUGGCAAUAA